AAAUGAAUUAAUAUUUAAUAGAUCAUAUAGACAGAUAUCAAAUAGAGGAAGCAUUGAAGCUAUUUCUUACACCAAUAAAAUUAAAAAAAGUUAAUCCAAAAGCCUUAAAAAUGGAUUUAGGGCUUGACAUUAAAGAAAAAAAAGAACAUAAUAUAAUUUCUACAUUGGUUAUUGCUGAUAAAAUUAGUUGUACUGAUAUCAAUCUACCAUAUAUUUCAUUAGAACUGGUUCAUAGAAAUCAAUUUUAUAUAAGAAGUUUUGCCCAUUAUUUAGGAAAUGAACUCAAGAGUUGUGCUCAUAUUACAUCCAUAGAAAGAACGUCACAAGGUAUAUAUUCACAAGAAGAUGCUCUUGUUUCUUAUGAAUGGUCAUGGUCAAAUAUUCAAAAAGCCAUAGAAUUAAAACAUUCUUUACUUUCUGAAUAUUGUAAUAGGAUGAAAAAUCAAAUUAAAUAAAAGUUAACUUACUAAUUUAUGUUAAAUAUUUAUAAAAAGAAUUUAUUUUUGCAUUGCUUAUAAAUCAAAUUUUGCAUAAUAUUAGUAAAAUAGUCAUCAAGUAUAGGAAAACAUCUCAUUUUGUAUUUUUAAGUUUAUUAACAACACUUAAGUCAAAUUUUAAAAAAUAAGAAAACAUGUAAAUGUAAUAUUUAUGUAAGUUUUUUGUUUUUAUUUCUCAUGGCAAUGUCUGUCUUACAAGUUGAAUCUUACUAACUAACCUUAGACAUAUUUGAUUAGCAUCUCAUUGCCAAAUAAUAAAAUUGUCAUAUUCGUUCCUAAGGAAUCAGGCAUUAUUGGUGAUAAAUGCUUUUGAAGUUUCUUUGCUUUCUGCUGUGAUCAUUGAUUUACAUUUUAUGUUUCUAGCAAAAAUAUUUCAACUACAAAUUGUUAAAGAAUUGUGCAUCAUUGUUACACAAAUAAAAGUCAUAAAUGAAAGACAGAAAGGGUCGUCUUUAAAUCCAUAGAAAAGUGUUCUAAAAAUUUGUGUUAAAGAAAUUUUACUUCUAAAAUUGAACAAAUUAAUUUUGCAAUUUGUUUCAAAAUAUAAUACAGGAACUUCCAAAAUGUAUGUUUAAAUUACUCUGUAAUUAUAUUAAUUGUUAUUUGAGAAGUAUAUGAUGUAUACUACCUCUAAGAAAUGCCAUAAAUUAAAAUGGCAACCCGUAACAGAGAAGGCAUUUUAUAUUCUAUAGUUCACAAAGUCAGAAUCACUCAUCAUUGUGCAACAUGAGUAAUUUGCAGGAGCGGCACAAUUCUAAGCUCCUGCAGAUUAAGGUAGAUUGAUAAUUUGUAGUGUGUUGGAAGAUAUGUAAUUGGUCUGUAUUGUGUAGAGUCUACGGUUUCAUGUAGGUGAUGCCCCGAGUAAGAAAUUUUGGCAUAUCUUGUGGAUUGAUGAUGAUGAUUAGCUAGUU